UCAACAUGGCAGCUCUCUGAGUUUUGCAGGAGGGUACAUGGUGUAAAUAAACACACAUUUCACGUUUUACCGAUAACGACAGCGUCUGCGUGUUCGUGUUUAGGACUGGUUGGACCACGGAAGGAAAAUGUCGAAUGACGGAAACAAGAAACAGUUCUGGAAAAGAAACACAGCGAAGGUUCCUGGCAGCAUUCAGCAUGUGUACGGCGCACAACAUCCACCUCUCGACCCGCUUCUCCAUGCUAACCUGAUUAAAGCAGUCAACAAGCCUCCUCCGGCCAUGCCAGGCAAGCCCAAGAAGGCGACCUCCUUCCAGGAGUUCGAGAGCAUUACAAGUGAUGCCUGGGACGUUGGCGAUGAUGAUGAGGAGUUGCUGGCCAUGGCAGCACAAAACCUUAACAUUGAGGUCGUCAUGGAGACGGCUAAUAAGGUCAUCGAGAAUCACAGCAAGCAGCAGGAGAGACAGAGGCAGGACGACACGACGGAGCUGGAACAGACAGAAGAGGACACACAGGAGGAGGUGGUGGCAGAGGAGGAGGACGACGACAAUGAGGAAGACGAGGAGGAUGGGGAUGGGGAUGGGGAAGGAGAUGUGACCAACCCAGAUGUCUCGUUUGCCUCCCAGAGCAGCUCUUACACUGAUGGCCGCCUUGUAAAGUCCCACAGCGAAGCUCCAAUUGGGUCACCUAAAGAUGCAGCGGGUGAGCACGCAGCCCUCCACAGACAACGCUCUCUGCCCCACCGGCCGCCCGUCAUCCCGCUCGUGGCUCGCAUGGCCGACCAGAACACAUCUGGCACCCCGGUCAUGACCGAGAGGGAAGCGUCCCGUCUGGACAAGUUCAAACAGUUGUUGGCUGGCCCCAACACAGAUCUGGAGGAGCUACGGAAACUCAGCUGGUCUGGAACCCCACGACAGGUCCGACCGAUCACGUGGAAGCUCCUUUCAGGUUACAUCCCAGCCAACGCAGAGCGGAGAGAGAGCGUCCUGCAGAGGAAGAGACAAGAAUACUUUGGCUUCAUCCAGCAAUACUACGACUCCCGCAACGAGGAGAACCAUCAGGACACAUACCGACAGAUCCACAUAGAUAUUCCCAGGAUGGGUCCUGAGUCUUUGGCGCUGCAGCCAAAGGUGACAGAGAUUCACAUUGACAUACCGAGAACUAAUCCUCUUAUUCCUCUCUUUCAACAAGCUUCUGUCCAAGAGAUCUUCGAGCGGAUCCUUUUCAUCUGGGCCAUCCGCCACCCGGCCAGCGGCUACGUGCAAGGCAUCAACGACCUGGUCACGCCGUUCUUCGUCGUCUACGUCUUCGAGUACAUCGAGGAGGAAGUGGAAAACUUUGACGUGUCCAGUCUCCAGGAAGAGACUCUGAGGAACAUUGAGGCCGACAGCUUCUGGUGCAUGAGCAAACUGCUGGACGGCAUCCAGGACAACUAUACGUUUGCCCAGCCAGGAAUCCAGAGGAAAGUCAAGGCCCUGGAGGAGCUCGUCAGCAGGAUUGAUGAGUCCAUGCACAUCCACAUGCAGCAGUACGAGGUGGAGUACCUGCAGUUUGCCUUCCGCUGGAUGAACAACCUCCUGAUGAGGGAGCUGCCACUCCGCUGCACGAUCAGACUGUGGGACACCUACCAGGCUGAACCGGAGGGCUUCUCCCAUUUCCACCUCUACGUGUGCGCCGCCUUCCUGGUGAGGUGGAGGAAAGAGAUUCUCGAGGAGAGAGAUUUCCAGGGUCUGAUGAUCCUCCUGCAGAACCUUCCCACGAUGCACUGGGGCAAUGAGGAAGUGAGCGUCCUGCUGGCUGAAGCCUACAGGUUGAAGUUUGCCUUCGCUGACGCGCCCAACCACUACAAGAGAUGAUGAGCGUGGCUCUCUGCAGCUGCCCCCCCCCCCCCCCUCUUAUCCCUCCUCGUCUCCUGAACUACGAGGCCUCUAUUCCUACGGGGAAGAACCUCCCCCCUUUUUCUAAACCUCCCUUUCCCACGUUGCCCGACGGGCUUUUCAGCUACUAAGAGAUUUGAGUGGACUGGCGGCGGCGGCGGCGUAGCAUUUUAACACGACGACGUGGAGCCUUUUUUUUAAAGUUAGUUUUUUUCCCUCCGAUGUGCACUCCUUCAGUCCGGGGGCGCAGAACCUUCUUCAUCGCCGAUGACUGCGACUUUUUAUUUUUGUAUAAUUCUUUUUAUUUAUUUUUCGGAGUUUGUUUCCGCUCAAGCUGACUCCCCCUAGUGGACGACCUCGGCACCGCCGGGAGUUUUAUGGCAAUACAUUGAGCUUUGUCUCCCGAGGCCAAAGUGUGACUAUUAUUUUUUUGUUGUUGUUGCAAAAGACAAAGAAAGAGGGCCGAAGGGAAUUUUGCACUCGAUGGUUUACACGUCUGAGCCCGCUCUCUGGGUCACAACACCGCCUGGAAGAACACAACCUCCUCUGUUUUACUUUCCUUUUUUCUCCUCCUCCUCCUCCUCUUGCUGCUGUGUGACAGUUUGUUUUCUGCACCGAUCGGACUUUACACACACACACACAGAAAGAGAGAGAGAGAGGAUGCGAUGGGAAACAUGACUCCCUCCUUCUACAAACCAUAAACACCAACUCAAGCCGCCGCGACAUCGUGGUGUCGCGGAGGCGAGAGGCUCGUGAGCCACUUGGAGGAAGAACGCUACUCAUCCUCGCUCAACCCGCUCAUACAUGAACGCCCAUCCCACGUCUUAUAAGCCCAACCCAGGCCUACCUCAGAACACGACAUGCACACACCAGUACGGGGUCAAAGUUCACCUCCAAAAUGGAAUCGCCCUCGCAGAAAAAAGAAAGCUGCUUCUUCACGGGGUCGUUUCUGAAGUCAAGUUCCAAAUGAACAAUUUUGCCUUAAUUAAGAAACAUGCUGUCUUUGUUUACUCUCCCCUUCCUCUCCAUCUGUCUUUUGGGCCGCAAAGGAAGAAAAAAAACUCCUCUUCCUCCCAUGAUGUCGUCAUGUGUGAGUUUCGGCGGCGGCGCCGACGAGUCGUUGAGAUCUCGCUGAGAAUCCGUUUCAGGAGUCGCUCAUCGGAGCAUUUUGGGGCCCCCGACAGUGAGCCCAGACGAGAUGUGUGAGGUGGCGGCGCAUCGGUUACAGAAUGAGUCCAAACAUUACACGCUGACUGCACACAAAAGUUCCACCUAAAAAAAGAGAAACGGUAAAAACUUUAAUCUUCAACCCAACAGAGAGAACAGCAGUCAGGCCCCCAAAAAAAUCAUGUGUAACCAAAUCUGUUUCCAUAUUCUGCAACAGGUAAUCAGAGUGUUGGUGAGUCCCCCUCCCCCUCCCAACUGGUCUAGAACAAUGUAUCUGAUUUUAACGUUUUUCAAAAGCCUCUUUACUUCACCAAGGGACGAACGCUAAUGGAACUAAAUGGAGGCGAAUCAUGGCUUUAAAAAUGUGACGGAAACAUGACUCAGCCUUUUUUAAUGCAGAUCCCCGUUAGGUAUAACGAGCUGCAGGUGCGUGGAACCGGAACCUCAUCGUUCCCCCGCCUCCCUCAUUGUUCCCCAACCUCCCUCAUGGUUCCCCCACCUCCCUUAAUUGUUCCUCCACCUCCCUCGCUCCACGCCGACUGUCUCCUUGCCUUUGCUGCUCCGUUCAUGGCGAGCACAUGGGACGCCUUACCCAGAGUCACUAGCACCAUAUUGGUGUCAUGUUGGGAGGAGUGUGUGUGUGGGGGGGGGGGGGGGGAGACACAGCUGUUAGCGUCUGGAGUCUCCUCCUCCGUCUCCACCAGGAUCCAUUAUUGUCACCCGGCCCAAAGACGGUGUGUGAGGGGGAGGGGGGGGGGGGGUCUUUUUGAAGUUUCAGCUUCUUUUUUUCUUUCUGUGAGAGCUGUCAGUCUUUGAUCACACCAAGGACACCAUCUUAUUUUAUUUGACUCGAUCUGCAGCAGUUUCAGCAGCAGCCUCCUCAUCUGCACUUCAUUUUAGAGUCUAUAGCCUUCCCUCUCUCUCUCUUUCUCUCUCGCUAUCUCCCACUCCCUCUCUUUUUGUAUGAGAUUUAUUCUUUCAAUCGGCGCGUUUUCAAACAUUUGUCUUCGGGUUUUGGGGUUUUAUUUUUUUUUAAUGCCGUUUACAUGACAAGCCUGUUAAGUUGUGCCUGACUCUGGAUACGUGACGUGGUGGGAUUUACAUUUUCUUUGGAAGCAAUAGUUUGACAUUUUGCAUUUGCUGUGAUAAGACCAGACUGGUGUGAGUGUGUAUGUGUGAGCCGCCAACAUGAACAUUUUGAUAAUUCUCUGGGCAUUUAAAGAGCUCCAACUCGAUGGUGCACCUCCCCUGAAGGGCGAUCGUAAGGAGGAGCAGCAGCCUGUCUGCCUUUGGACUUCUCCACCUGUUGAAGCGCUGUGCAUGGGGCCGCAGUGAGGUGGUGUUUUUGUGUUUUUUGCCUUUCCAAAACCAAAAACACGAGUAAAGGAAAGUGUAAGGAAGCUCCAACUUACUACUGAGAUCCUGUCACACCAUUAGCUCACUAUAUUAGUUUGUGCGGUUACAGGUUAUGUAUAUAGAGAAAGGGGUACGUCUGUGUGUGUGUGUGUUUGUUUGAAUCACGGACAAAAAACAGUAGACUUCAGCCCCCCUCUCUCUCUCUCUCUCUCCCCUCGAAUCAUUAGGAUAGUUUAUCUAUUUUGUUCUUUUUUCUCACCUUCUCCAAACAUGAGAAUAUGUUUAUUAAACCCAACUGAAACCCUCCACGUCUUUUGCUCCACGUCUUUUGCUCCACGUCUUUUGCUCCACAUCUUUCGCUCCACAUCUUUUGCUCCAUGUCUUUUUGCUUCAUGUCUUUUGCCUCUUGAGUACCCGGAGAAAAAAGAAAUCUAAUAAUACUCGAACAUGUGGGUGACGCGAGUCGUGGUUCUCGAAUUUAAAAAUGUGUACAGAGAAGAUUUUGAAACAUAAAUCUGUAAAUAGAAAGUGUAAAUAAAUCCUAUAUAUGACAACAUUGCUUUGAA